ACUCGGAAGCACAGUCCUUCUUCAUUUACGAAACUGGCGGUAUCAAUUGAAAAUUACUUUGAUGUAGUUUAGGCUUAUCUUAAUAAACAAUUGCAGAACGAAUAAAAAUUCAGAAGUCUCGUAUUGAGCACUCGAGGAUCUGGAAAUCUCGUUCUUAGGGCGUCCUCUGGUGAUCCUUCGAGUGGAACGUUUAUACCUCGGCCACUAAGUAGUGUUACAACCCCCGACGGGAACAAAACAGGCAGGAAUCAGUCUAGAGCGUCUUCAAUUUCAUCCACUACAUCGAUACCUCACCUACCGUUGAAAAUCGGUCGUGGUGUUACAUUACGUAAUCCUCCAGACGUUGCAACAUCUCCUGGGAACAAGAACGCUUCAAAUAAUAAUAUCUCCAUGUUUGAUAAAUUCAAAUUUUUCAAUUCCAAAGAAAAAUCUGGAGGCAAAGCAAAAGGUGGCGUAUUCUCAAAGAGGACAAGUAGCAGUAGUGGCUUUAGCUCAGCAAAAAGUGAAAAGAGUGACUCCUCCAAUAGUAUAUGUAGCGAAUCUAAAUCUGGCUUGACCUCCGAAGAACCAAAAGUAUCCACAGGCCUAACUUCUCCAGGAACAAGUGGUCCAAAAGUCGUAGCUCAAAAGUCUUCCAAGAAAACAUUUGUCAGAAGCUCGAUCAAAGACAAAAAGUAUAACAACUCAAAAAUAACAGAGUACAGCAAGGAAGAUUUGACCACUAAACUAGAGUCUUUGAAGUCAACCCCAAUAAACCUUUCUGACUGUGCAACGCCACUGAAGGAAAAAUCAGAGCGAUCUGUACAUAAAAAAAAAUUGGAGAAUAAGGAAAUUAGUACUCAAAAAAUCAAUUCUGAACCCAUCAAUAAAGUAUAUAAACCUGUGCAAAAGGAAUCUAUUGCAUACAAAAACCUAUGUAAGCCGUCCACCACGCAGAAAAACAUAACGGGAUAUACAGAAUUCGGUGCAAUCAUAGAUAAAACGUCAGACAGAGUCGAGUUUAGUCCAGAAAAAUACCAACUCACGCAAACAACAAAUGCCAAAUUUGAAAAUGGUAGCUGUGGAACGCAGGAAGACAAUGCACAAUCCACUCUAAAAGAGUGUUCGCAGAAGGAUUGUUUGGCAUGUAUUGAAAAGAAAAAUGAAGGCAACGUUUGUGGAUCAUCAAAUAUGAACACCAAAAUUGUAGAAAGUAGUAACAAAACGCGAAAUACACCUGAAACUAAACCGAAAGAAAGUAAAAAUUCGAAAGAAGACCAAUAUCAUGAAGGUGAACAGAAUGUGAUUAACCAGUCAAAAGUAUUUUCUCUUCUUCCUACCUCAGAAAGAGUCCUUCAAACUCCCAACUCAGACAUUUCUACCAAAACCACCAAGAAAAAGUCUGCUAGAGUUUCCGAAACCUCUUGUCCAAAUUCGAGUUGCCUAUUGUCAAAUCAGGGUGAAAACAGUAGCAUUACCAAGCCCACUGCGGCUGUGAAGGGAAUGACUAAAUAUGUCCCAGAGAAUGUCCAGGAGUGUAAUAAUACGCCCUCUAGGAGCAAGGACGAACUGGAGCACAACCCUGAAGAUCGAGAUACUUUUAAUGCAUCAGGCUCUACCAAAAUGAAUUCAGAUUUCUCAGAUGAUGAAAAGACCAGAAAUACACAGAUUAAAACUUCUCGGCAAAGAAAGAAUGACUUAGAAACACGUCAAAAAAGUGAUCUAAGAUCUAAUAACAAAGUAGGUGGUACUGUGCCUGAACAAUGUGCAGAUGGGUCGCAUGGUGGAAUUACUGUUGCCAAAGUAUCACCUAUUAUGAUUAGUGACGUCAGAGUAUUUGACAAAAUCAGUUCUGGAAAACAGUAUACAGUAUCGUAUAAUACUGAAAGCAAGAAAAAUGAAAAUUAUGUUAUAACAGAUAGGAACGCAAAAAUGCAGGAAUGUGAAGGCCGUUACUCCCAAACUUCCAGAUCUCGGCAAAUGAAAGCAUCAGAAGAACUCUUCCAUGUUGCCGAUCCGAAAGAUUCACCUUCACCACAAAAUGAAGGCACUAAUCUUGUUGUCAAGAAAUGUAGAUUAUAUGACACACGAAAUACUGGCCUUUUAUCCAAGGGUAUGACAGUAAUAGAAGAAUCAGAAGACGUAAUGGGUAACAUAAAACCAAUGCCCCCCCUCACACGUGCUUUGUCACAUGGUUAUAUUCGUGGCCUAAAUUCUAUGUCUUCCAACUCCAACCCCAUGUACAGAGCUAAAGUGUCGCACCCAAUGCCAACGACAGACAACUCGUCCAGUAAUUUGAAUGGUCCUUUAAAGAAAUUUCUAGGCAAGGUCGACUAUGUUUCCAUGGAUAUUGCAUCAGGUUAUCUGAGUGACGGAGAAAUACUACAACCUAGUGCUGUGUAUAGAGUAGAGGAUUUAUCCAGUGGCUACAUGAGCGAAGAUGGAGGAUUUAUUUAUCCACGACGAGUAACCACUAAAGUGAAUGGAAAUGAUAUGAUUGCUAAAACAAGUAACAUUCUCGAUGAUGACAGGAAGAAUAAGUCAGGCCAACAACGCCUAUUGAACAAAUUUCGUCUAGACGACAGCAGUUCUGUCAGUAGUGGUCUUAGCGAUACUAUUGCGGACGUAAGCACCGACGACAACUUGACAGGAUCAUCAGUAAGCCCAGCAUCAACUUAUUAUGGAAGUUUGAAGCGAGAGCAACGAGGCGUAGCCACCAAAUACUCCCUCACUUCUGGUGAAAAUACUAGGCGAGGCUGGGAAGAGCAUCAUAUUGGCGUUACCACCUCAGGAAAAUAUACUAAUGGCCAUUCUAUAAACGUAGCAAAAACGGAUAGCUCAAUGCAGACCGACUCAAGUGCCUUCCACCAAAUGUCAUCCAUUAAGUGGAAGAAAUACCUUCAGCAACAUCAAGAGCAACAAGUACGAACUGGAAAGAGUAAAUCUGAAUCAGGACAACGCAGAGAAUAUAUUAACACCAGCUCUGUCUUUUCUACAUCAAACAUCAUGGAAAACAAAAACAGCGCUUCAAACGUUGUGCUAAAUAAAUACGAAUCAUAUGAAUGCCAGAAACCCAAGAACAAAGCCAUAAUGCGCAAAACUGAAGACGGAAAAUACCGAGAAGGUGACAUCGUGAUCGAGAAAGAGAUAGAAAAUGGAAGAAGUUCGUGCUCAAAGUAUGCAAAAAUUACCUCUACAUUAGUUAAUCAGUUAGUUCAACCACCACAGGAACAAAGAAGAGCUCAAGGAUCUCGAACAGUUAGCGUGGCGGGAAUCGGUACGAACAAUGAGAAGAGGCCAUCCAGUACUUCAACUGCUUCGUCCAGUGGUAGCAACAGAACAGGAGGUUCCAAAGCACAAAGUAAUUCAAAAAAAGAAAAGUCACACGACACUAGAUACAACGAUUCUCGUCAUUUAGAACCUCCUGACAGGACCCGCAUUCAAUCAUCAAGUCUGCCUAGGAAUAUCUCCAUUACGCCCUCUAACGGUAAAAACAGCUUUGAACGACGAGGAAAAAUUAAAGAGUCUGCAAAUAUCCAGACCAAAUGCAAUGAUGCAUAUAUUUUCAAUGGUACAUCAGCUCAUUCAGAUAGUGAAUACAGUUCUUUAGGUCGCAGAAAAACAUUAAAACAAAAUUCUUUGAUGUCAUCGAAUGUUACUGGAUUUCGGGAACUCGCCUACGGAACUUGUUCUGCUCCCAACGAUCCGUCUAAUCCCAUCUCAGACUAUGUAAUUCUACCUGGUUUGACAGGAACUUCCAAAGACUGCUCGAUUAACAGACCUCGACUUUCCAUUCCAAUAAGACCAAGCGAUGGAAACAUGGGUAACUAUGCCAAUAUCGGCUCACAUCCGGUUGUCAGUAACUCUGUUACGCCAUCCUAUUCUUGGUUACGAUACAGUGGUAGUUCUGGUGUCUCGGUGAUAUCUGGAUCAGGAACACGUAGUAAUAGUGGAGGUGGGCUUACUGAGGCAGAUAGUAUGGAAUCUUUAUCAUCAACCUCUUCCGGUGUACAUGCUCAGAUUCAACAUGCCCGUGCUAACAGUCUAACACACGCUCGCCUGAUUCUCCACCAGAAAGAGCUUUCUGGAUCUUCGCAUCUAUCCCGUUCCAACUCCAUUAGGUCAACCACAUCAGAGAAACUAUAUCCUUCUAUGUUGCAAAGGUCAGAUGAAGUGGACAGUAGCUUUACGGGAAGUACACCAAUGGCUAGGCACACGGCCAUUAGUAACACCAAUGGUCAACCUAUCACACUGAACACAAAAUCAAAUGUUCAGGGGUCGAUGCGUCACUUGUUUCCUGUUUCUUCUGUUACCUCACUGCCUCAAACGUCUACUACAUCGGUGGCGACAUCCAACGCUAGAAUCUCUCAUUAUAUGGGAGGUUUGUUGUCAAAAGAGAACAACAGAGACGAUGAAAUGCAUGGAUCAUCGUUGUCUGUUGUUUCCUCUUCCUCAAACAUGUUUACAGCAACUGAGGACAAACAGUCUCAAGAAAUUAAGAAGCUAAAAAGAGAGUUAGAACAAGCUAAUGAGAAAGUAACUACUCUUACAUCACAGCUCACAACUAAUGCUCAUAUGGUUGCGGCAUUUGAACAAUCCUUGUCUAAUAUGACCAAUAGACUACACCAUCUAACAGCCAGCGCUGAACAAAAGGACUCUGAGCUUGGGGAACUACGAAGUACAAUUGAUGCUCUCAGCAAGCAAAGUACAGAAGCCGGACUCACUAAGAUGGCGCUGCAGUCAAUGCAAGCCGUUCAAAGAAGUACGAAUGUUGCACAUUUAGUUCGUCGUCACACUUUCAAUAACUCUAAGCAGCAUGCACUACGAGAGCAUAAAAUAUCCAGGCAGAUGUCUACAGACUCUAUGUCAAGUGUCAACUCCGUAUCCAGCGGUAACAGUGGGAACUCCAGAUCUGCAGAUCGUUUUGAUAAGACAGGAAAGAAGAAGAAAAAAGGAUGGCUCCGGAGUUCUUUCAGCAAAGCAUUUUCUCGAAGUAAAAAAAACAAAAAUGGCUCUGUAUCUGAUGUGGAAGAUUUGAAACAGUUUUUGUCAGAUUCUUCUACUCCUAGUUCUCCGUCUUUUGGAUUCCAUCACGUGAAUAGCCAAAUACUAAGUCAAACUAUCAAAUCCUCACAUUCAUCAUCUGCGUUGCAUGAAAAGGAUGAAGAGAUAUCUUUAGAACUGGUCAACAGUUUAAAGAAGCAACUCAGAGACAAGGAAAUGGUGAUCACAGACAUUCGUCUGGAAGCUCUAACAUCUGCCCAGCAGCUAGAAGCAUUAAAAGAAACUGUCAACAGAAUGCAGAAUGAAAUGGUGACUUUGAAACAAGACAAUAGUCAGCUACAAAAACUGGUAUCUGUCAACUCUCUCACAUCUUCUCAGAGUUCUCUACCUCAGAUAAAUAGUGUUGAAAGUCUAGAGAAGAGAUUAAGUACCUCAACACCCUCAGAAUCACCCUGUACUGAUACAUUUUUCAGUCAUACAGCAAAUAAUCAUGAUGGAAAACAUGUCACCAUAUCAGUAUUUCUAGGUCUUCAUGGUGAUUGUACCAAAUUCAAAACACAAAAUGAGAACACCAGUGAAGUUGUUAUUGGAGAUUUAAUAGUCAAUGCUAACAUGAGGUGGGACGUAAUGGACAGUGUAGUAAAACAGACAUUUAAGGAAUAUCUCCAAAUGGUUGAUCCCCUGUCAAAUCUGGGUUUAAAUACUGAAAGUAUUUUAAGUUACUGUAUGGGAGAAAUUGUACGAGAAAAAGAUUCUGAAGAUCCUGAGUUGUUGCCCUGUGAUUGCAUUGUGGCUAAUAACAUGCAAAUACAAAUAACCCUUAAAGGAACAAAUCAGAAUUCUGUUGAUGGUCUCACAUUUGAAACACUGAUUCCCAAGUCCGUAAUUCAGCGUUAUGUGUCAUUAUUGACGGAUCACAGAAGGAUAAUUUUGUGUGGGCCAAGUGGUACAGGUAAAACCUAUCUUGCCCAGAAGUUGGCAGAGUUUCUAAUUUUGAGAAAUAUGAAAGAAAUCAGUCCUGGUGCUAUUGCAACAUUUGGAGUUGACCACAAGUCGGCUAAAGAGCUUCGACAUUAUCUAUCUAAUGUAGCAGAGCAAUGUGAGAGUAGUAAUCCUUCUGAUCUCCCUGCUGUAAUAAUCCUAGACAAUCUUCAACAUGUGGGUUCCCUAGGAGAAGUGUUCAAUGGUUUUCUCAGUGCCAAAUAUCAAACAUGUCCAUAUAUUAUUGGAACAAUGAACCAAACCAACUGCUCAACAACAAAUCUCCAAUUGCAUCAUAACUUCAGGUGGAUUCUAUGUGCUAACCAUAUGGAGCCUGUGAAAGGUUUUUUGAGUAGGUUUCUAAGGAGAAAACUUGUAGAGCAUGAAAUCCAAAAUGAUUCACAGAAUCCAGAACUUGCCAAAAUCAUAGACUGGAUACCCAAAGUGUGGGCACAUUUGAACAAAUUUUUGGAAACCCACAGCUCAUCUGAUGUCACCAUAGGUCCAAGAUUAUUUUUGUCAUGUCCAAUAGAUGUUGACAGCUCCCAAGUCUGGUUUAGGGAUCUAUGGAAUUACAGUAUUGUUCCAUAUCUUAUGGAAGCUGUUCGUGAAGGCUUGCAGUUGUAUGGUCGUCAAGCAUGCUGGAAUGAUCCAAUAGAUUGGGUUUAUGAAACUUAUCCAUGGCCAACUUCAGAGGAAAAAAACUGGCCUCAGCUGCUCCGGCUAAGAACAGAGGAUGUGGGAUAUGAAAGCCUUAUAACACCAGGAACAAUUACUAAAGCAUCUCAAAGCAGUGUUGAAGCUGAUCCUUUGUUGAAUAUGCUUAUGAGACUGCAAGAAGCUGCAAGUAGUUCAAGCCCUCAUGUUAACCAUGGUGAUAAUAAAACCAUCAGUCACCAGGACAACACUUUCACAUCUACUAACUUAAUGAGUAGAAGUAGCAUAGAAACAAUGCAUUAAGUAUAUGAAAUUUAAUUUCAGUAAACAAUGAAAUAUUCAGAUUAUGUACGUAAAAGUUUUUGAGCUAGUUUUUCUUUUUUUUUUAAUCUUGUUUUUUGCCACUGAGGAAAAUGUAUAAGGAUCAUUUUAAAAUAAUAAUUUCUAAAGGUUUAGUAAAAUACUUGUUGAUGUAAUGAAUUUAAUUAAAAGACAGAUUUGUACCCAUAUUUACCUAACCCACUUAAGAAUUUCUUGGAAAAAAAAAGUCUUUUUAUCUAAGAAUUUCUUGGAAAAAAAAAAGUAUUUUUCUCUAAGAAUUUCUUGGAAAAAAAAAGUCUUUUUUUCAUUUGGUCCCAAAGUAAUUUUGUAUAUUUGGCAAUAAUCUUUAAGCUUACUUGGUCAAAUCGCAUGAACAUUUAUGUAACAAACCAUACAUAUGGUUUACCAUUGUAGUAAUAAAUACAAAUUUAUUUCUGUUAUAAUGUAAGUUUAAUGUGAUGCCUUACAAAAAAUAAAUGCCACAUAUUCUUAACUAAUAUAUAAAUAUUUCUUUAAAAAUUACCUCAUGCUUCAUAGCAAUUUCUAACCAUUCCUGUACUGUAACUUUUUUUCCCCCCACUAGAAAAUUUUUUGUGUAUAUUUAUUUUAAAAAAGUAGGGCAUUUGUGUGAUGUUCUGUAAGGUCACUAUUAUAAUUAAAACUUUAGAGUAUUUUACAAGUAAAAUUAAUUAUUUUUAUGCAUAAUAUUUAUCAAAUGUAGUUCAGUAUUCAAGUGAACAAUGGAAAAAUCUUGCUACCAUUUACUGUUUCGUAUUUCUGGUGUAUGAUGAAGUAAAAGAGGAAAACUCUUGAGCAGCUGCUAUAUAUAUAUAUAUAGAUAUACUUUUUUUCCACUAAUCAGCUCAACCAGUGAAAGAUAAAUAAUUUUGAAAUUAUAUUUUUCAUGGCUAGAAAUAUACGUUUCUCACACGUCUAGUGUAAAUAUGUUUUAUGAAAUAUGAUAUUCUGAUUUAUUUUCAAUUGUGUACAAAAAUCCUCCUCCUAAGCAUGAAGGUGAAGGUUAUAAGGUUAAUUAUUUAAUGUCAAGUGCCAGUCUACAUCAUCUGAUGUAAACAGUUACUGACACUUUUAAGAAACUAUUGUGCAGAAACAAAAUCUUGUACUUAAAUUAAUUGGACUAAACCAUAUGAGCAACUAGUGCUGAGAACUUGAAUUGCUAUAGUGCCCAACUUUUAUGAUGUUCUAUGGCUCGAAAAAGUUCGUAUCUAGCUUUAUAAACAUUCUGUGUUUAUAGUAUGUUCAAGCAUGGUAUAUCUGUGGUAAUACAUAAUUUAUGUAUAGUUGUCAGUUUUUCCCAAAACAUUUGAGUAAGCAGAUAUUAAGCUGUUUUUCUUGUGUGUGUAUGUGUAAAGUUUUAUAACAUUGUUUAUAUUUGUAUAUGUAUAUAAAAUUACAUACAUUGACAAUAUGCCUUUAUUUAUUGGAGUGUGCACAAGUUAUUUUUUUAACCAAAGAACACAAUAGUGCAUCAGGGUUGGUUUGUGUGAUGAUUAGUUACGUAUUGAUUGAUAACCUUCAAUGGAAAGACAAACAAGAUAUCAGUAAUUAUUAGUAAAGUUGUAUGAUGUAUAACAUAAUUAAUGUUCAUCCUUUUUAUAUCAACUGAGCACAAAAUUAGCCUAAGAUUGCAAGAUUCCUUCAGGUUAUUGAAGCUAUUUUGUGUACAUUUAUAUUAUUUAAAUUUUGUAAAUAAAUCAGUGUGUGUUUU